AUGUCGCAAGUCGUCGGCCUGACAAAACUAGCCUACUCUCGAGUAUGGCACGGUGUAUCUGCCUCCGCCCCUCAUGCCACACUCUCUACUCAGCCCGGAGUUACACCACCUUCACUCGGCCGUCUCGCAUCUCGCAUCGCCGUUCUUCUCAUGGGCAAGCACAAGCCGAUUUUCGACCCCUCAACCGACUGCGGUGACUACGUUGUCGUGACCAACUGCGCCGCUCUUCACACAACCGGCCGCAAGAAGUGGCAAAAGCCUUACUACCGACACACGACACGACCUGGUAGCCUCAAGACCGUCACAAUGGACGCACUCAUGGAGGCGCACGGAGGCAGUGAGGUUCUGCGCAAGGCUGUGCGUGGCAUGUUGCCCAAGAACCGACUACGAGACAAGCGAUUGGCAAGACUUAAGGCGUUUGAGGGCGACGCUCAUCCGUACAAGGAUAACUUGAUACGUUUUGCUGGUAUACCAGUGGGAGCUGAGGGUUGGGAGAAGGCCACUGAAAGAGUCCGAAAUGGCGAUAAGAAACGAUUAUAA